AUGGUCGUGCUGCAACUGGCCGUGAUGGAGGUGUGGCAAGCUGAAACCUUGCGUUUCAAGACCUGGAGCGAGGCAUUUCUCUUCUUGCCCUUGGACCUUCGGCAGCCGCCGGGACGCCUGGAGGUGAUGCUGACUUCAGCAGGUGCAGGCUUGCUGCUGGCUUUCGCAGCCUCCCUGGGCUCCGUUUACAUGCCAGAGGGCUGCCUCCUGGUGAGCGCAGAGGAGGUGCUGGGGGCCGCCGCUGUAACUGCACAGACAGAAGAGCUUGGAUACCCUGCUGCCGAUGAUCUUUGCUAUGUGCAGUUUACAUCCGGGAGCACCGGCAAGCCCAAAGGCGUCUUGUGUGAACAUCGCCAAGCUGUUUGGUAUGCUCUGUCCAAGGCAGUUGCAGAGGGUGUCGACGAAUCCUCGUGUCUCAUGCUGACGGCAUCCUUCACCUUUGAUCCUUGCCAGGGCGACAUCUUUUGUGCACUGGUCUCCGGCGCGGUGCUUGCCCUCGUGCCGCGAGUGCGUUUGCUACAGGACUUGACACAGGUCCUCCGCGAAUCGCAGGCCAGCCACUUGUGUGCGACCCCGGCGCUAUGGCGUCUUGUCGACCCAGAUGCCGAACUUCCACAUCUGCGGGUCCUGGCACUUGGUGGGGAGAAGAUGCCGCCGGCCAUCAUCCAGAAGUGGGCGCCGCUCCUGCAGCUGAGGAACGUCUACGGCGUGACUGAGGCCACCGUGUACCAAACGGCCAUGCAGAUGACUGCGGAGACGCGGCCACAGACGGCCGGGUGGCCUUUGCCCGGCGUACAGGUGAAGAUGGUGGCUUGGGAGGCUGCGGAAGAAGCUGAGGAGGAAGGCGAGAUCUGCCUGAGUGGUCCCGGGUUGGCCCGUGGCUAUCUUGGGCUGCCAGCCUUGACGGAGGAGCGGUUUCGGAGGCUGCCCUCUGGAGGUCGCUGCUACCAUACCGGCGACUCUGGGCGCUGGGCUGCCUCCUUGGGCUCGCAUCCUUGGCUGGAGGUUCUCGGACGCAGGGACUCCCAAGUGAAGCUGAACGGAGAGAGGAUCGAGCUGGGAGAAGUGGAGCAGCUGCUGGGCAUGAGCCCGCUAAUUUCUCAGUGCGCCGCCAUGCCUUGGGGAGAUCAGGGCAACCUGCUAGCCUUCGUCGUCAUGGCCAAAGGCGAAGCGUUGGAUGGCUUGGCUUACCUGGCGCUCAUGGCCCACUGUGACAGCCACCUACCGCGGAUCAUGCGACCCAGGAGGCUGGUGGCUCUGGACACACUGCCUGUCACGUCAAACGGGAAGAUUGACCGGAGAUCUCUGAUAGCUCCCCAGCUCGACACGGAAGUGACUAAAGACGUGGAGCGAGAGCCUCUAUCGCCUCUGGAAGAAGCCAUCGCUGUGGCAUGGACCUCGGAGCUCUCACUGAAGAACCAGCUGGGUCCUGCAGCGGAUUUCUAUUUGCUUGGAGGAGGUAGUGUGCAUGCAGUUCGCGUAACACGCCUCCUGCGUGUCGUGCUGCAUGGCGGUGGUGGUGGAAAGGCAAAGUGGGCUGAGGGUACCAGUGACUGGCGUAAUCCUGCUGGAGAUGCUUCCUUGUUCCUGCCUCCGGAACGAGCCGGCGAUGCCGAGUGCCAUUUCGGUUUGUGCGAUGGAGGCCCCUUCGCCCCCUGCGCUCUUCUCGAGCGACCUGUGCUCCGGAACUAUGCAUCCUUCCUGGUCGAAGCCGGCGUUCGGGUUGGCAAAGAGACGGAGGCUGUGGACUCUGUGGAUAAGGACCCUGGAGCCGACUUGCCUCGAGCUCUGGAGAGUGCCCUUCGAACCGGCCGGGAGGCGCUGGUGCAAGCCUUGCUGCUGGCCCGGGCCUCAGCGACUGGAGGAUUGGAGCGAAGGCAGCGCGGGACGGCCCCGUUGCACUGGGCCGCCCAACGGUGCAGCGGAUGUGUGGUGGAAGCGCUGCUGGCGUUCAGAGCUCAUGUCACGCAGGCCACGGAGGCAGGGGCAGUUCCUGCCCAAGUGGCGGCAGCCGCCGGGAAUGCCAGUGCCCUGCGAACACUGUUGGAGAACGGGACUCCCGCCUGCGUGCGCGAUGCUUCGAAGCAGUCCCUGCUGCAUUAUGCAGCCCGCUCCGGGAGUGUGGAUGUUAUCCACCUGGCCGUUCAGCACGGGGCUGAAGUGGACCGUCGCGACAAGCAGCUGCGGACACCCCUCCACUGGGCGGCCCUGUCUGGCGAUGCGGCGGUGGUGGCAGCGCUGCUGGCAGCAGCCUGCGAUCCGCAGCCGCCGAAGGUCUCUGCCUCACUGCACGAGCGCCGAACGCGGCUCGCCCAGGAGUCACCGCUGGAACUGGCAGUUUCCAGGCAUCCAGCGAACAGCGAGUUGCACUCUUUGCUGCGCGAUGCAGAGCAGGGGAAAAUGCGAGCGCUGCGGAUUCUCCGGGUUUUCAAGACGGAUCACUUUGCCUCGGCAGAUGCGGUGCUGCUGGAGCUCAAGGGCCAACGGUGCUUCCGGGUGGCUGUGCUCCUGCCGGAGACGGACGCCAUCCCCGACGCUGCGGUGGUGUUGGAGGACUGCUCUCUGCUCGUAGGCUUCUGUGUCGGGCACGGUGCUUCAGUUUGGAGGCUAGGGAGCGCGGCCCAAACCAAGAGACCCUAG